GCGUAGGCUUGUGAUUGUGAGUUGUGACGCCCCACGGGCAGACACGUACACCGGCAGUGUAUAUGUCUCAACCAUCACACGUGCGCGCCUCUCGUCCAUCCUCCACACGUGCGCUCAAAGCGAGCCUGUCCGCGGGCCGCCCCCUGUCCGCACGCACGCAUCUCCACCGUCCGAUCCUCAGCCGAUGGCGGCGGAGCCCGCGGCGGACGACCACGGUCCCCGGCCACCCCUGGCGGAUGGCGCCGUCGCUGCCGGCGGGGGCGACGCCUCCUCGGCCGCGGCGGCGGCGGAGGCGCUGAUGAGCGCGGCGUCGGAGCAGCUCACGCUGGUGUACCAGGGCGACGUCUUCAUCUUCGACCCCGUCCCGCCCCAAAAGGUUCAGGCUGUUCUUUUAGUACUUGGAGGGUACGAGGUUCCGCCUGGUUUGGUAAACAUGGCUGUUCCUACGGCAAAUGAUGAGAAGAAUACAACUGUGGCUGCUAGAAGGGUUGCUUCCUUAAUGAGAUUCCGUGAGAAGAGAAAGGAAAGAUGUUUCGAUAAAAGGAUUAGAUACAGUGUGCGCAAGGAGGUCGCCCAAAACUGCCAGGGAACAAACCCUGGACUACCUAUUGCUGCUCGCCACCAUUCACCACUGGGAAUAUAUCCCAGGAUGAAACGGCGUAAAGGUCAAUUUGCUGGGAGAUCAGAUUUUGGUGAUGGUGCCACUUCUUCUGCAGCUUGUGUCUGUCCAACUAACGGCGAGGAUGAUCAUUUGCGAGAAACCCAUUGCCAAAAUUGUGGCAUCAGCUCAAGGCUUACUCCAGCCAUGCGCCGGGGCCCAGCUGGUCCAAGGUCGCUCUGCAACGCUUGCGGCUUAAUGUGGGCAAAUAAGGGUACUCUAAGAAGUCCUCUGAAUGCACCCAAAAUGACUCAGCAGCAGCUUGCCAAUCCAAGUAAAAUGGGAGAUACUGAUGUCAAAAACUCAAUUGUUCUUCCUGUGGAGUAUAAUCAAGCCACAGUCAAAACUGACUCGAUGAUGCCAAAACAGGAGCAGAAACUGGACACACGCCCGCCCACCGAAGAAGAUAUCAAGGCAGUUUCAUGACAAAUGCUCAAACGUGUAUAUAAAUUGAGACAUAGGUUUCUGUCAGAAAUUCCCAAGUUUAGGAUGACUUAUAAGGCAGAGAAACUAACAAAGGCUGCACCAUUGCGAAAAAAAUGCAUGCAUUGUGUUGCCACAUUUAUCUGAUUAUCUCCCUACCCGAUUCAUAUUGUAUUGCUGACAGUAAUGCAGUUCUUACUCCUUACCCUGUUUCAACCAGACUGGUUGACUGGGCAGCAACUCAAAAUGUUUUCCAGAAUACUAUGGCAUUCUUGGGAAAUGUUUGUUUAUUGUUGUACAAACCACUUCAAUAGUAAUUUGCAUCAACUUCAAUGCAAUUUGUUUUAUAGAAAAAUCCCGUGAUAUUGUGGUA